AUGUCAGACUCGCCCGAUGCAUCGGGACGGCCAGUGUCGCGCACGCGCAAGCUGAGCUCCAAGCUCUCCUUCUCCAACCUCUCGACGAGGAGCACAGGCGCAAGUCGCAAGGGCGCCUCCACGCCCAACCAACGAUCCCAUCACGACCAGUGCGGUGGCUACAACAGCACCUCGCACAGGCACCAGAUGUCUCAGCAGCUGGCGCACACCAGCACCAGCGCCUCGUACGGCGCAAAGGGCGCAGACGGCAACACCAUCGCCCACCUCUAUGCCGUCUUUGGCCUGCCAAAGGACCCCGCGGUAUGGACGCUGGCCGAGGAGGACUGCGUCGCCGGCGUCCACCACAUCGAGGGCGCAGUUGGCCGCUUCUGGAGGCCCGAGGUGCUCGGCUGCUCGAUCUCGCCGCCGCCCUCUGACCCCGCCGCCGCCUCGGUCGAGAUCUCGAGGACCACGAGCCAGAACUCGGGCUCCAAAAAGGACGGAUCCGCCUGGGACGCCGACGCCAAGAAGGGCUCCAAUCCAAAGUACAUCGAGCUCAGCGAUGGCCGCGGCGGCAUCGAGCGGGCAGAGACGGCACGCGUCCUCUCAAAGGCGCUCAAGCUCUCUUUUACUCGCGAGAUCGAGGUGACCGCCGGUCCGGGCAACUAUCCGCCCAUGUCCACCUCGCACACAUUUUCCUUCAGCGUGCCCACGAUCAAGUCGUCUGCGCCAUCCUUCAACGCCCGCGUCUCGACCGACCACCGCAAGGCGACCGCCACCCUCGGCGUGUCGCCCGCGGACGUCCACAAGGACAACGCCGCCAGCGCCGUCGGCGAGGGCUAUGGGCUCGAAGGUGCGCCCUCGAGCCUCAGUGGGUUCGCAGGCGCUUCGGGCGAACUCUCGACGGGCGUGGCCACGUUUUACGGCGUGGUCCUGACCGUGUGGAGCGCGGCGGACGACAAGCGCGCCAAGGCCAUAAAGAAGGAGCUGGGCCGGUUCGCAAAGGCCCGGGCCGGCGCGCGCAACGGCAAGUCGCCCCUCGUCGAUGCAGAUGACGGCGAGCAGCCCGAUGACGACCUCGAGUCGAGCGCCCACGACUACGCCUUCAUGCCGGAGAACAACACCUUUUUCAUGCCCUACGCCAUCUGCCUGGUGUCGCGAUACCCGAUCUACAACCUGCUCGCCGAUUGGAACAAGGCCGCCUGGCACAAGUACAGCCGCAACAUCGAGAUGCACAACCGCCUCAUGGCCGCCAUCCUCCGCCAGCCGGCGCCCAGGCUCGGUGAGACGCUCCGACUCGAGUCGCCCGACGAGGAUCUGAACUUUGUCUGCACCUUCCCGGGCGCGCUCGACUGGGGACGAGGCCUCGUCAGCAUCGACUUUGUCAUGUGGCCGCUUUUCAAGACGCUGUCCGUCGACAACAUCCUCACCAUCUGCGAGAUUGCCCUCUCGCCGGCGGGCCGUGUCCUCUUCUUCUCGCGCCACCCCGCCCUGCUCGGCGUCGCCGUCGAGACGGUCAAGUACCUCCUCGAGCUCUGCGGCUGGAAGGGCGUCACCCACCAGAUCUGCCACGCCCGCGACGUCAAGAUCUACCUCGAAGACCCUGGGUCCUGGCUCAUCGCCCUCAAUACCGAGCUGCGAAGCAUCGCCAAGCCGGCAAAGGAGGUCUGCGUCGUCGACCUCGACAUCAACUUUGUCAACUGCCCGCGGCCGCCGCUCAAGGCCCCCAGCACCCGGAGCGUCCGCGACAAGAAGCGGCGCAAGCUCGUCAACGCCCUCGGCUUCUCCUCGGCCGACUACGGGCCCCCGCGCGAGAUCACAGAGGCGUUCCCCGCCGGCCGGCUUCGCCCGCUCAGCAGGGUCGAGUCCAAGUCGACCAGCCUGCCGUACGACCGCGUCGAGGCGCCUCACUGGUGGGACCAGGGUGCCGUGCUCAGCGCCUUUGACCAGGUCCUGCACGAGGGCACCAAGCCCAGCUUCCUCAAAAAGGUCCUCAAGCUCCGCACCGACACGCAGACCAGCGCCAGCGCCACCGAGACGGCCGCCAUCGCCGCCCUGCGCAAGCGCGCCAGCACGUUUGUCGACGCACGCGACGGGCUCGAGAACAAGAUCGGGAGGCUCAACAAGCGCCUCGCCUUCCUCAUGAGCGAGGGCGACAUGUGGAAGCAGCAGUUUGAAAAGAUCCAGCAGCUCGUCGACCGCCUGACCAAGGAGGCCAACGACCUCCGGCUCAAGGUCGACCGCGAGCGGCGCGAGUCCCGCCGGCUCAGCUCGACGCUGCAGCAGAGGGACAUGGAGCAGGUGCAGAUCCAGCUCCAGCUCAGGGAGACGGAGCAGGCCCGCGAAAAGGCCCAGGCCGAGCUCGCGCGGAUGCGCGACGCGAUGGACACCCUCGAGCACGAGCGCGAGGCCAUGAUCGAUGAGAUCCGCAACGUGGUCACGACGUCGGGCAUGGGCGAUGGCGAGUUCGACUUCGGCUCGCUCUCCAAGCUCGGCAUGAUGGCGGACAACGCCCAGCGCAUCCGGUCCGACUCGCCGGCGGGCAGCGCGAUGUCGCACAACAGCGAGCUGAGCAUCAUGAAGUCGCGCGCUCUGGCCGAGCAGCGGAUCUCGAUGGGCCGGCCACUGACUGGCGGCUCCGUGCGGCUGACCGCAGGUUCCCGCCUGGGUCACGGAAGCCAGAGCGGCCAUGGCGGCAAGGACGCCAGCAGCACCAACGGCGACGGAAGCGCUCUCACCGACGAGCAGAUGAACAGCGAGAUCCAGCACCGCACGAGCGCCGUCACCGACCAGAUCAGCCGCAUCCAGCAGCAGCUCGAGUCGACGCUCAACAACCUCGAGAGCCGCCGAUCCAUGACGUUUGACCGCGAGCGCCGACGCCUGUCGAAUGCGUCUACCAGCAGCUUCCGUUAUGACAACAUGGGCCCGCCUUCGAGCAUCGGCCACUUUGGCGGUGCCGGCGGUCUCAGCAACAGCCACGGCAGCGAGCUCGGAUCGCCGUACACUGGCGACACCACCACAUACGAAGCCGUCGAGAGCAUCCAGGACCACAAGGACGGCGGGGAAGGUCGGAGUGUCGGUCCGCACGGCACGCCACGUCGCAACGGCGCUGCGCCGCCCUCGUCCUUCCGUGCACCCGGCCCCUCGCCCGUCGCUGCUCGCCAGAGCACUCCGCGACAGAAUGGCCUGGCACCGGCGCUCGGGCCCAAGCAUCCUGCUCGGCGCGCCUCGACAACAGGCCCUGCCGCCACCGCUGCGUCUCCGAGCCAGGACCCUGCUUCGCCUAUUACCAGCAGCAACCAGGGCCACGAGGCUGCGCAGAUUCCUUCGGCCUCGGCCGGCUCUCCAAGCUCUGCAACGGCAGGCGACGAGGCAGUCUCGACCUUGCCAAAGGCCGAGGCCGCCCAAGACCUAAAGACCGAGGACGAGGGCAACACUCCUUCUGUCACUGCGACCACAGCGGCAGUCGGCACGGCCGCCGCCGCCGCCGCCGCCGCUGCUGCUGCUGCUGCCGCCGGGACGUCUGCCGCUUCGCCGGAUCAGCCUCGCAGUAGCGAUGAGCGCGAGGCCUCGGCACCCAGCGAGCGCACUCAUUCGACGGCGGCCGAAGGAUCGGCUGCAGAGACUCUCGUCGCGCCUGCAAUCACCGAGGCCAAGGCCGCCCCGGCGCCCGCAUCCGAGCCGGUCGAGGUCGUCGUGGCCGCCGCAGACAAGGUCGACGCUCGAGCCGACACCGCCGGUGAGACCGCCGACGGCUCAUCGUCGAGCGACGAGGGAGGCGACUUUGACAUGUUUGCCGAGCCAGACGACUUCCGGCCAAAGACGCCGCCACCCACCACCACCAGCUACGAGUUCCCGGGCACCGACGCCGAGGUCACGCUGCACCUCGUCGGCAGCCACCCGCUCUGGGGCCACCUCGCCUGGAACGCCAGCUUCGUCAUGUCCGACUUCCUCUGCGCCCACUCCAACAAGCUCACCAAGGGCAAAAAGGUGCUCGAGCUCGGAGCGGCGGCGGGCCUGCCCUCGAUCGUCUGCAACUGGGCCGAGGCCAGCCACGUCGUCGCCACCGACUACCCGGAUCCGGACCUCUUGGGCAACCUCCGGAAGAAUGUGGCGUACAACUGCGGGCCAGACAACCAGAGCAGUUACAAGGGUCCCGGCUACGCCGCCGCCGAGGGCUACAUCUGGGGCACCGAUGCCUCCCCGGUCCUCGCCCACCUCAGCGACGACGGCUCGGCCAAGUUCGACCUGAUCCUCAUGUCCGACCUCGUCUUUAACCACCAGGCGCACCCGGCGCUGCUCGAGACGUGCGAGCGCUGCCUCGCCGAUCCGUCGUCGGCCGACGAGGCGUCCAACGACGCGCUCGGCACGCCCUGCGUCCUCGUCUUUUUCACUCACCACCGCCCGCACCUCGCCUACAAGGACAUGGGCUUCUUUGACCUCGCCGAGGUCAAGGGCUGGAAGGUGCAGAAGCUCGGAGAGUGGUUCCGCGAGCCCAUGUUCCCCGACGACCCGGGCGAUGAGCAGGUACGCUCCACCAUCCACGGCUACCGCAUCUACCGGGGCGGCAACGACGACGACCUAGCCACCGACGUGUCCGCCUCGGUCACCGAGAUCGCCUAG